AUGAGCAGUCUCGCAGCUUCUAGGGUGCGAUUAGCUUAUGAAUUGCAUCGCGCGACUAAAAGCCACACCUCGACGCGUCUAGCGAACCAUGCUCCCAUCCUGUUUCUUCAUGGCUUCCUUGGAUCAAAACGAGAGAAUCGGCAAAUGAGCAGGAAUCUUGCCAAAGAAUUGUCGCGCGACGUUUACGCUUUGGAUCUACGAAAUCAUGGCGACUCUGGUCAUCAUCCGAAGCACGAUUAUAUGGAGAUUGCAUUGGACGUUGAGUCAUUCAUUGCUCAACAUGGACUCGAGCGACCGACGCUGAUUGGCCACUCAAUGGGUGCAAAAACGGCUUUAACUCUUGCUCUUAAUUCGCCAAAAUUAGUAUCCAGUGUCGUGGCCGUUGACAAUUGUCCUAUCAAGUUGCCCGUGGCGACUGAUUUUCUGAACUAUCUUGAAAGCAUGGGAGAGGCCGAGCGAGAACAAGUUCGGACGCAUGCCGAAGCUGACGAGAUUCUCCGAGAAUAUGACCUAGAUCCACCCGUCCGACUCUGGCUAUUGAGCAAUUUCGUCAAACAGGACGGUUCGCCUUAUUUGAGACUGCGCGUUCCUUUGGGUACCUUGAAAAAUGCCAUGGGACCUCUAGGGGAUUUCCCAUAUGACGUUGGAAAUGUGCCAGCCUUCCAAGGCCCAACGCUUUUCCUUCGAGCUCUUCAAAGCAACUUUAUCCCUCAAGGUUCAUUUCCGCUGAUUUCCAAGUUCUUCCCGCAAUCGGAGAUUGUGGAUAUGGACUGCGGACAUUGGAUUGUGCAGGAUAAACCCCAGCAGUUUAAAGAAGGUAUGUUCAAGAUUUUCACCGAAGCAUUUUGGAAACCUUGCUUACGUGCGAUUUGUUUUAUCAGAGGU